AACGUCUGCAGCUUUACUGUUCAUAUGCUUAGGCAUUAAUUGCACAAUGAGGAAGUUCACCACAUCAGCCUUUGUUUUUCUGACCUGCAUGACGCUGCUGUCCACAACAGAAGUCAUUGCUGCCAGACUGCCGGCCCAACAGCUACGCUGCCAGUGCGUUAAAACGUAUUCGGGAAAACCAAUUAACCCUAAACUAAUACAGAAAGUACAAAUGAUUCCUGCUGGAGCACAAUGCAAAAACAUGGAGAUCAUUGCCACUCUGAAAAAUGGACAGACGUGCCUCAAUCCCAGAGAUGAAUGGGUGAAAAAUAUCAUCAAAGCAUGAUUCCCCAUCUGUGUUUGCAUGCAAAAGUGUAUGAGUUUUCUUGCUUUAUUUUGUAUCACACUGUAACGCUGAGUCAGAGGCGUGCGGAUCCAUUUGCAGCUUUUAUU